GAGAGAGAGAGAGACUCAAUCUUUUGUCUCUGACGCUAAACACAUCCACUAGGAAAACAAACACGGUCAGGUUGGACCGGGUUAGAAGUCCGAGAUAAACACGGCGGUGACAGAAUUUCGUCAGCGGUCCGCUCGCUGUUCCAUCCUCGGAGAGAAGAGAGAAGAAGUCCGUCAGGGCUGAGGGUUUACGGUCAACCGGCCCGGUUAACGAGUCAGCCAGCUCUGUAACUGCAGUUUAAACCCGUGUCGCGAACGCCAGCGUUACGUUAGCUACCGAGCUAACUGCGCUAGCUAUCGGCUACGCUACAGGCGGACACGGACAGCGCUAGCUCGGCUGCUAACGGGUUUUCCGUGUAGUACGGCUAGCUCGUUAGCCGUGAAGCUACUUGUAAUGUGGGCGGUUUAAAGUUUAAACAAGUUUAAACCUCCUGUAGUCUUGACCUGAAUUUCAGGCCACUUUCCGUUAUUUUAAACUCCCAAACUGUUAUCUAGCGUGUUAAUGCUUGCGGACUGGUAAGACAGCCUGUGACUGUUUGCUUUGUACCAGCAUACCUGCCGUAUUUAUCGCAGCUUGAGAGUUGUAUGUGUUUUAUCUUCGUUUUUGUAGCUGUCGUUUUGAUUUUAAACCGACGUUUAACCACGUUUGUUGUGGCCAUUACUUGCCGUUGUCACCUCGUUAUUUAUAAGCGUGCGAACACUGGCGAAAAGCAAAAAUAGGCGGUUUGAUUUAUCCGAUCACGUUUAGUUUGGUAUAUUUUAGGAAUUUCGCGUGGUACUGAAAAUCAUUGAUAGAUUUUCUGUUCUUAAAGUAUUGAUAAUAAAGCAUUAACGUUUUCCACGUUGAUGUCGCUAAGGGACGUGCAAUUGCAAACGACUGUUUAACGGGAGGCCGACUCAGUAUUUUAUGUAAGGAAAGCUCCAGAUCUGGCACAGUCGGAGAACCUCGUGGAGAACCCAAUGCUGGAUCUGGAGGUGGUUCCUGAGCGAUCUUUGGGAAAUGAACAAUGGGAAUUCUCUCUAGGCAUGCCACUGGCUCAGGCCAUUUCCAUCUUACAGAAGCACUGCAGAGUCAUCCGGAAUGUCCAGGUGCUCUACAGCGAACAAAUGCCGCUAAGUCAUGACCUCAUACUCAACUUGACUCAGGAUGGAAUUAAACUGCUGUUUGAUGCCUGCAAUCAGAGACUGAAGGUCAUCGAAGUGUACGACUUGAGCAAAGUGAAACUAAAAUACUGCGGCGUGCACUUUAACUCUCAGGCAAUAGCGCCCACCAUUGAACAGAUUGACCAGUCCUUUGGGGCGACCCAUCCAGGAGUCUACAACGCGGCAGAGCAGCUCUUCCAUCUGAACUUCCGAGGCCUCUCCUUCUCCUUCCAGCUAGAUUCGUGGAGCGAAGCCCCGAAGUAUGAGAUUCCACACGGAGCCACAGUCAGAAGGAUGUACAUUUACACUGGAAACAACCUUCAAGAAACCAAGGCUCCAGUAAUGCCCCUGGCCUGUUACCUGGGUAACGUCUUCUCAGAGUGUGUGGAUGUACUGAGGGAUGGAACUGGGCCUCUUGGACUCAGACUGCGUCUCCUCACCGCAGGGUGUGGCCCAGGUGUGUUGGCUGACGCCAAGUUGCGGGUCCUGGAGCGGAGCAUCUACUUUGGAGAUUCGUGUCAGGAUGUCCUCAGUGCUCUGGGUUCUCCACAUAAGGUGUUCUACAAGUCUGAGGACAAGAUGAAGAUCCACUCUCCCUCCCCCCACAAGCAAGUCCCGUCCAAGUGUAACGACUACUUCUUUAACUACUUCACCCUGGGUGUGGACAUACUGUUUGACUCGACGUCCCACCUUGUGAAGAAGUUUGUUCUUCACACCAACUACCCAGGCCAUUACAAUUUCAACAUAUACCAUCGAUGUGAUUUCAAGAUUCCCCUCAUUAUUAAGAAAGACGCAGCUGAUGUCCAGGGAGAGGACUGCAUAGUUACUACCUACAGCAAGUGGGAUCAGAUCCAGGAGUUACUGGGACACCCUAUGGAAAAGCCAGUGGUGCUUCAUAGGUCAUCGUCUGCGAAUAACACCAACCCGUUCGGCUCCACCUUCUGCUUUGGCUUCCAGAGGAUGAUCUUUGAGGUGAUGCAGAACAACCACAUCGCGUCAGUGACCUUGUACGGAGCUCCCCGCCAGUGCUGCACUGAACCCGGUGCCCACUGAGGUGCCAGCCAUGCCCAUCUGGCCACAUAGGGUGCUGUGGAGCCCUGGAGCCCACCAGCACAGUGUGCCUUCCCCCCCACCACACACACACACACAGCUGCCCUCCCACCAGCUGAAUAACCACGUGCUGGAAGCUCUGCCUAAUUCCCCCAGCUGUGUUCGAAAAUGGAUGCUCCGCCCCUAGCCCCUCCCACCCUGCAUAUACAGGUUGGAGGCAGCUAGCAGAGGCUCCACCCCCUCCAUUUAUCCUGCAACACACCCCCUUGAGCUGCAUUUCCAACUCUGCACCUGUCAGCGUCAGCACAGUGAUGUGAUAUUCAUGCACGCUGUCUCAUGCGCGUGCGUGCACACACACACACACACACUCUGACACAUACAUGCACUUCAUUCUUUUUCUUACAUGAACAAGCAUUGCUUGUGUAUAUAUUCAUAAGCUUAAAGAAGCUGUUUUUAUGAAUGGCUUUCUGUUUCUAAAUCGAUCCCUCACCAGACACUGACACCAAAGGGCAUAUGUGACAUACGUUUUGAUACCGUUUCCUCUUCUGCAUAUUAAACACUUCAAACACUUUAAACACUUUAAGCACGUUCAGUUCCCUUCGCUUCAGCAAGGCAGUGACCAGCACAAGCAGACGACGCGCUCAGAAGCUCAGAACAUGCCGGAGGAUUUGGGAACCUCAGCAGCCGGUGCAUGAAUAAAGUGUUGCUUCUUUUUGUGCUUUGUUUAAGGAAUUAGGUGUGUAUGAUCUACAAAAUAAGAAGCACAAAUGCACUGCACACCACAUAUGGGAGUUUGCUUGUAAACAUGUUGAACUACAGACUUGCAUACACACACACACACACACACACACACACACACACAGGUUAAAUCCCGUCGCAGUGCUGUGCAGUGUGAACUUCAGCACGUUAAAUUGGUCUCUUUUUUUUUCUUUUUUUUUUUGGUGGCUGUUUUGUUGCAACUUAGGUUGAUGUCAGUUUUGGGUUGUUUUUUUUUUUUUAAACAUUUGCACUAAAACAAAAUUACAACUUUUUUACUUGGCACUUCUCUUCUGUCCACUGAGGACUGUUGGGAUUACUGAGUGUUGGGGAGAGAAAUAAGAAUGGAGAAUGGGAUGGAAAUGGAUUGGACUUGGGAGCUCUUAACACAGAAAACUGGAUGGAGACAUUGGCCUGGCAUUCUCUGCCCCACUCCUGAUCACGUGACCUUUGCCCUUUCAGCUCGUUUGCGUUCCAUGCUCCCUUCUUGCCACACCAUCUUCAGCUGAGCUCUUGGUCUUCAAAGCCUUUCAGAGCCAUUCUUCAUCUGUGCAUUUUCCCUUAUUUGCCAAAACUUUAGCCAAAGAAAUAACUGUCCAGGAUCUUAAAUUCUCUCAUCAGACGUGACCUUAACUUACCAGAGAACAAGAACAUUCUCUUUUUGUUUGUAAUUCCCUGGAAUUGUUUAAAUGGCAUUUCUGUGCUGAUGCUUUGUAAUGAUAGAUAUCCCCAGUUAUGUGCCUGGGAGCUUUCUCCUUCACAGCUUUUGCCUCUGUGUUUCUGCCUGUUUCUUGGUUAUAUGUGGGACGUUCUGCAGUGCUGUGCAUCUGUCUGUCCAUGUACAAAUCUGUAAAUAGCAUGUUCUUCUGUUUUGUCAUCUAAACUAACAGUACCUUAGCGAUUCACAUUCAGUUGGAAGUCUGGAGUUCUCCUGCUGUAUCCAUUACCAUUGCUAACUGUGAAGAGUUGCAAGUUUUCAAACACAGGUGGUCCUUAAGGGACUCCGUAGCAGGGGGCGUAUGCUCUGACUGUGCCGUGAGCAGGAGGCGGGUGGAACACCUGCCAGUGGAGAGAACCAUGGUGUUGGUGGUGCUCGUGCUAAAAGCCAGGACAGGCAGGGCCUCCUGGUCCAGGGCGUGGUGGUGUGGUCCACUGUAGCACUCUCAUGGGUUCCACCUGUAUGAUGGACCUUUCCAUCAGUCCCCCCUGCUUGUAUUUAACAUUGGGUGAUCCAGCAUUUUAGGUGUUUUUUUUGUUUGUUUGUUUGGGGUUUUUUGUUUGUUUGUUUAUUUGUGGGGUUGUUUUUUUCUGGCAUUUGCUUGGUUUGCAAGGAUGGUAGCAGUUGAUGUGUUCCGUUUCACCCUUCUCUUAAGGGUGAGUUUGAAACCAAGGAAAAAGAACGAAAAAAGCCUAAACCCGCUGUUAACGUUGUGCCUCGUCACCUUCCGAGCCCAUCGUGACUUGCUCUGUAAAUGAAACUGAUCUGCUUUGUUUAUUAUAGAGCAUGUACAGAUAAACUGAUGGACUGUUUAUUGUCUCCAAAUGUUCACAGUCCUCUGUCUGAGUGUUGGAUAAACAGCCAAGUCUCUGUCUAUGAACUCAUCUGAUGAAGGGUGGGUGGGGCAUAAAGUCAAGGUCGGGGGCCAUGUCCAGUCUACAGAGUUCCCACAAGCUGACGGUCCUCCGUGAUGUGAAGUUCGUACUAGUGGUUGUGAUGUUUCUGUUAACCGGAACUUGCACUUUUCAUACAAACUAUUUUAAAUUAGUAAAUUAGUAUGAAUAACUUUUACGUUCACAUUGAGUGAGUCUGUGUGUGCAGUUUUUUUUAUUUUAUUUUUUAACGCAACUGGAGUCUUAAGCUAAGCUCAUCCUCUGUGAAUUCAGUAUAAGUAGAAGAAGGAGCAACACAACCACUGGUCAGUGACGAGAUCCUGCCUGUUAGAUGGCGUCCCGUUAAGAGACGGCAACCUGGUACGCUGGUUGCCUGUCCAAUCUCAGGUGGAUCUCUCCCUCUCUCUCUCUUUUUGUGAAUGCUCUACGUUCAUCAGCUGGGUUCUGAUUCGUUCCAUUUCCUCUUCAGUCUUUAUCCUCUUUUAUUGCAUUGCAGACCGAAUUACAGAUUGUGUUUAGAAAUAGACAACUUCCAUUCAGUGUCAUGCACAUAUUACUGCUAUGUGAUGUGUUCCUUACAGUGUACGUGUCCUCCAUUGUCGAAAGUGAGUAUUUUUUGUGGAUUCAGUAUAUUUCACCCAUUUCUGGAAAUGGGCUCCUUAAUUAAAAAUUGUGAAUCAUGAUUAAUUGCAAUGUGGUGUUUUGUAUCUGAUCUCUUUUUUUUGGUCAGAAAAUAACAGAAAGUCUAUUUGUCAGGCAUGUAUUGUUUUUGUUUAUUUUUUUGAAAGCAAUAACUUUAGCUGUGGUGAAUAAUUCACUGAAUAGGUCGGCUAAACGCUUACACAAUGCUCCUGAACUCAUGCAAAGACGCUGUGACUAGUAUCUACUCAUCUAAUCUACGGAAACCACAAUACUUUCAAUUUUAUAAACUGCAUUUGUUUGUUAAACAUUUUGGUACAGUGUGUUCAACACCAACAAUAACAUCUGAAGACUGGGCGUAAUAAAAACGAGGGGGAACGACUCCUGUUUUUUUCCCCUGUGGUUUCAGUGUUCUGGAUAUAUUAACUAUGCUUUAACCCGCAACCCCCAGCAGACAUUACACAAAGCAGAGUGUAUUUAGAUGAAGGUGGGAAAUACUGCUCGUGGAAAAAAA